GGGCUUGCGACCCGCCGGCAGCGCCGCGCAGUGCCCCCGCUCGGCACCGGCCGGGCCCCGGGGCAGAGGAAGAGGAGGGGACCCGAGCGUGGGCGAGGCAGGGAUACGGAGGGGAGGAUGGAGCGGAGUGGUGCGGACGUGGGGCUGCCUCCGGGCAUGGGGCUGCCCCCUGGCCGGGAGCCUGCGGGAGUUAACAGCAGCUGCUCCGCUCUCUCUGCUCUCUGUGGUCCCUCUCCGGGGCCUCCUUGACCCCUUCAGCUAUCCCUUUCUCUCUCCCUUUCUUGCUGCCUCUGUUUUCCCCCUCCCUCUUGUCCUUCUGUCUUCCCUUCCUUGCUCUCUUGUCCCUCCUCUGCCCUCCCCUCCAGGUUCCCCAGCGCAUCCUUCGCUCCCUGUGGCUCCGAUUCCCCUUCCUCCUGCUGACUCCUGCUUUCUCCACUUCCAUCCCAGCUUCCUCCUUUCAACUCGGUGGCUUCCCACGGCGGGAAGUGAGAGGGACAACAAGUUGGGCACUGGGGCAGUGGGGAAGGUGGGGGGAGCAAUGCAUCGAUUAUUGACUGAUUUGCUAAAGGGAGUGGGAGAACUAGCUUCUGAAAUGCUCUGGCUCCAGUUCUGUGUGAAAAAUGGCAGCUCAGCUGGAUGGGCUGUACAUGAAGGCUUCUUGAAAGCCACCUCUGUAUCAGUGCAGGAUGAGAGCAAAUUACAUAACAUUUUGCAAGAAAAGAAAAAAAGGAAAAAGUUCUUCUCAGGUUUCAGUAGUGUCAGACUGAUGAACUGCGACUUACACCCUGCGAAUCAGGAUACUUUGUCUUUGUUCAGGAGCCUAAGGUUGCUUGCUGAUCACAAGAAGAUGUUUCUGUGGCUCUUUCUGGUUCUGUCAUCUCCAGUUUCUUCUACAACUGCAGAUGCUGAUAUAUCUGUGGAAAUUUGCAAUGUUUGCUCCUGUGUUUCGGUUGAGAAUGUACUCUAUGUCAACUGUGAGAAGGUUGCAGUCUACAGACCUAAUCAGCUUAAGCCGCCGUGGUCUAAUUUUUACCACCUCAACUUUCAAAACAACCUGCUAAUUAUUCUAUAUCCAAAUACCUUUCUUAACUUUACACACGCGGUGUCCCUGCAAUUGGGUAAUAAUAAGCUGCAGAACAUUGAGGGAGGGGCCUUUUUGGGUCUUAGUGCGUUAAAACAGUUGCACUUGAACAACAAUGAAUUAAAGAUUCUCCGAGCUGACACUUUCCUGGGCAUAGAGAACUUGGAGUAUCUCCAAGCUGACUACAAUUUAAUCAAGUUUAUUGAACGGGGAGCCUUCAAUAAGCUUCACAAGCUGAAAGUCUUGAUCCUUAAUGACAAUCUGAUUUCAUUCCUUCCUGAUAAUAUUUUUCGAUUUGCUUCUCUAACCCAUCUGGAUAUACGAGGGAAUCGAAUACAGAAGCUUCCAUACAUUGGAGUUCUGGAACACAUUGGACGAAUUGUCGAAUUGCAGCUGGAAGACAACCCCUGGAAUUGUACUUGUGAUUUGUUGCCUUUGAAAGCAUGGCUGGAGAACAUGCCCUAUAAUAUCUAUAUUGGAGAAGCUAUCUGUGAAACACCCAGUGACUUGUACGGAAGGCUGCUGAAAGAAACCAAUAAGCAAGAGCUGUGCUCCAUGGGGACGGGGAGUGAUUUUGACGUACGCAUUCUCCCUCCCUCACAGCUGGAGCCCGGUUACAGCACUCCAAAUGGUCACACCACUCAAACGUCAGUGCACAGAUUAGUCACAAAGCCGCCGAAGACUACAAAUCCUUCGAAGAUCUCGGGGAUAGUAGCAGGCAAAGCACUGUCUAAUCGCAACCUCAGUCAAAUUGUAUCCUAUCAGACCAGGGUGCCUCCUUUAACUCCUUGCCCGGUUCCCUGCGUUUGCAAAACACAUCCUUCUGACUUGGGAUUGAGUGUAAAUUGCCAAGAAAGAAAUAUAGAGUCAAUGGCUGAACUCCUACCAAAACCGUUAAAUGCCAAGAAAUUGCAUGUAAAUGGCAAUUAUAUUAAGGAUGUGGACACUAUGGAUUUUGUUGAAUUUGAGGGGCUGGAUUUACUCCAUUUAGGCAGCAAUCGGAUUUCGGCGAUCAGAGGAGAAGUUUUCCGCAACCUUACAAAUUUACGGAGAUUGUAUCUCAAUGGCAAUCAGAUAGAGCGUCUGAGCCCAGAAAUGUUUGCUGGCCUCCACAACCUGCAAUAUCUGUAUUUGGAAUACAAUGUCAUUAAAGAAAUCUUAGCAGGCACCUUUGACUUGAUGCCGAACUUGCAGUUGCUGUACCUGAACAACAACCUUCUGCGAAGCUUGCCAGCAUACAUUUUUGCCGGGGCACCACUUGCCAGGCUGAAUCUGAGGAACAAUCAUUUCAUGUAUUUACCUGUAAGUGGCGUUCUUGAUCAGCUAAAAUCCCUUACACAAAUUGAUUUGGAAGGUAAUCCAUGGGACUGCACUUGUGAUUUAGUUGCUUUGAAACUGUGGCUUGAAAAAUUAAAUGAAGGUAUUGUGGUGAAGGAAUUAAAGUGUGAAACGCCUGUACAGUUUGCUAACAUUGAACUUAAGUCUCUGAAAAAUGAGAUACUCUGUCCUAAACUUUUAAACAAGCCAUCUGCUCUGUUCACUAGUCCUGUCCCCGCUGUCUCUUUUACGACACCACUGGGACCGGUUAGGAGUCAUCCUGGUGGCCCAGUUCCACUGUCCAUCCUAAUUUUAAGCAUAUUAGUUGUGCUUAUUUUAACAGUGUUUGUUGCUUUUUGUCUUCUUGUUUUUGUGCUUCGGCGCAACAAGAAACCAACUGUAAAGCAUGAAGGGAUUGGAAAUCAAGAAUGCAGUACUAUGCAACUGCAGCUAAGAAAGCACGAUCACAAAUCAAACAAAAAAGACGGAUUAGGCGCAGAGGCCUUCAUUCCUCAAACCAUUGAGCAGAUGAGCAAAAGUCAUACGUGUGGCUUAAAGGAGUCUGAAACGGGCUUCACGUUUGCUGAUCCACCAGGGCAAAAAGUCAUUCUGAGAAAUAUGAAUGACAAGGAAAAGGAUUUAUUGCAUGUGGAUUCCAGAAAAAGACUUAGCACAAUCGAUGAACUGGAUGAGCUAUUCCCUGGGAGGGAUUCCAAUGUAUUUAUUCAAAAUUUUCUCGAAAGUAAAAAAGAGUACAACAGCAUAGGGGUGAGUGGCUUUGAAAUACGUUACCCAGAGAAACAGCAAGACAAAAAAAACAAGAAAUCUCUAAUAGGUGGUAAUCAUAGUAAAAUUGUAGUAGAACAAAGGAAAAGUGAAUAUUUUGAACUAAAAGCUAAACUUCAAGGUUCACCUGACUACCUACAAGUCCUUGAAGAACAAACAGCUUUGAAUAAAAUAUAGGUCAUGCAAUCUAAUUGCCUACAGUGGACAUUUAUUUAAUGAUGAAAGUGCCUUUUGUUGACUUCUAACUUCCAAAUACUAUAUUAUAUUGGUAGGCAUAGAGGCAGGUGUAUUCGAGGGUGUCUGAUUAACUGUAGCUGCAUAUGAUUUGUCAAUUAGAGGAGAAUUUCCUUAGUAGAUUUUACUACAUAAAGCUCAUGCCCCGUGGAAUCCUGUAGGGAUACUGCAAACUCUAUUGCCAAAGGGAUGCUUUAUACACGUUACACUGAAUUUAACCUCAAGAGGCAUAUAUGUUUUGUACCUUAAAUGCAAAACCAUCGUCUCCUUGUGAUUUGUUAAAGCAAACACAAGAAACUUGGUACUGGUGUUCAUACCUCAGCUGGGUCCUUCAUCCUGCACGUGGAUUUAAGUUGGUGGAACUGGAGUAAUCCUUUUGUGGUGUUGUAAUGGCACUGUUUAAAGAUUAUCUGAAAAGUAACAAGCAUGCAAAGAGAGAACAUUCGAUAGUAUGUGUAAAUUGGUUACAUUUAUGGCCUGCAUCUUGAAACCACUGGAAUUAUAAUGUUAAAUUGUGCAAAUAUUUGUUUAAAAAUAUACCAUGAAUUACAUACCUGCGAAAUAAAUUCGACCACUUGAAGCAUACAUGUCUAUACAUAACAUUAACAAAAAAAAAAGGAAAAAAAAAAAGGAAAAGAAAACAGAUCAACUUGACUUCUGCGGUAUUUGUGGCAUCUGAAGAAAAUAUUUGCUGUUUAUGCAGAAACCGUUGUAAGACUCAUCUCCAAUUAAACCUAAAGUUCCUUCUCAGUUAUGUGAAAAAAACUUGCAACCUAACAGGUUGUCCAAAAUUGUCGAAGUGCUUACCGUGUGAGCGUAGCAGAAAUUAUUUUUGUAAUAUAAUUCAUAUUUAUGAAAUACUUUGUAUACUAAAUAGGAAAAUAUGUACUCCUUAAUAUGUAUUUAAUAUGCCUGACUUGUUUUCCUGAUCGCAAUGCAUUAAUCAUUCGAUAUAAAUAAAAGCAGAACAAUAUACCAAACUGAAACCGGGGGAUGUAAUGUAUAGAGUAAUCCGGAGUUAAGUGAUCAGGUAUCAUAAUAAUAAAAUUGUUCUGUACUAUUCUUGUGAAAUUAGCAUACUAUCUUAUUUCAGAUUUGGUACCAAUGGUGCAUUUUGAAAUAGAUUCAUUAGUUUUUUAGUAUUGUGUCUCAGGCAAUUAUUUUGCCACCAGUCGUCUUGCUUUUCAGGGUUUUACAGCUUAAUCUGAGUAGUUUUCACUAUGUGUAUUUACAGGAAUUCACGAUAAAGGUAAUAUUUUCAUUGUAUAUGCAUACAGUUUCUGUUCUUACCUGUCUGGCUUCCGUCAGUCAGAAAAAAAAAAAUUAAGAAAAAGAUCAGAAGAGUAAACAAUAUAGCAAGUCACUUCUAUUUAAAAACACGGUGUAAAAUAAAUAUAGUGGUCUCAGCUCAGAGUAUUGUGUAUCUCGUAUCUAGAGAGUGAAACUUGCAUUUGUGAAAGCUGAAUGUGAAUAGCUAGGAAGAAACAGUAUUCAGGAGAAUGGAAAAUCCCCACUUAUCUCACUUAGUAGAUGGUACCUUGAGAUAAGGGUUGAGAUAUAUUGCUGAAGCAUCAUACAGAAAAUCUGCACUGUGAGAUUAACAAAAGUUCCUUGACAUGAACAGGAAUUUUUCCAUUCAUUUCAAAGAGCUUUGGAUUAGACCCUCUAUCUCCUUUGCUUCCAGAACUGUGUUGUUUUUGGUUUUUUUCUUUUCUAAAUCCUCAUCCACAUUUUAUAAUCAACACAUAAAUCAAUCAAGAUUACGAGAAUGUAAAUACUAACAUUUGUCAUGAAUGUGAAACGAGCAACUGUUACAGCAAGACCCAACAGUACCACUGUGGAAAAGGCUAUGUCAGCUCUUUCCUUUAGAAACCACUAAUUUCAGGGCUUUAUGGCACUGCUGUAAAAUUUUUAUUCCGGAAUGAUACUUGGCAAACAGCCUGCAGUAUAUUUUGACAAAGAUUCCAAAAAAAAAAAAAAAAAAAAAAAAAAGGAAAAAAAAAGAAUACUCACACUGCUUCUUUAUUCCAGGGAAGGCAAAACAAAAAGACAUUCUUCUACUUGCAGGCAUUCGUUUCUGCUCUUGUAACUUAGAAAGAGGGUUAUUUUAUUCUUUUAUCCAUGGUAUGAAGUAUAUAAACGACUGCAGAUAAUAAAAUGAUAACAGAUUAAUGAAUGGCUGGAUUUCUUUCAAAAAGCUGCUGCUGUCCAUGCACAAUAAUUUACUUCCUUCAAGCUGUCACAGGGAUUUUCAGGAGAUGGACGUAUGCAUUUCUGGCAUAAAAAGCUCUUAGUUGCCCAGUAACACAAUACAUGGCCAACACUCAAAUGAGAACAUUUGAGCUCGUUGCGUUGAGAGUGUGUGGAUUAAGGAGUUGGUAAGGACACAUUGCCAUGAGAGACCAUUAAUGGCUCCACCGUCUGGCUGAGGAUAAUGGAUCCUGGGGCUGCCCUGCGCAGCACUGCAUGCCUCGAAGGAUGUGUCAGUGUUCACAGGGAUUUGCCAAGGGAUUUUCCAAAGCAUGAGGCUUCUGACAUGCUUCAGUGUAUUGUCAGAGGCAGUGGUGUCCCAUACCAGUCUGUUGAAGUCAUGUAUGAAUGUAGAAGCAAAUUUGCUACUACUACAAAAUGAUGUAAACCCGAUACACUUACAAUGAGCAUGGCCCUGAGUUAGAACACUUAAAUUCCUAAACUUAAUCUCUUUUUCUUUUUUUUUUUCCUCCCUACCUAUGAUCUUCUGUUCCCUAAGACAGGAAGAACUGAGCCAUUAUGCUGUACCAUUACAUUGGGUCAGAUUUUCCUACCCUUUGAGGUCCCAGUCUCAUAAAGCCUUUAAACUGAAAUUGUGUAUGGAGUUGUUAUUCUUGAGAUAAUAACAUAGUUCCUGCCCUUAAGUGGGUCUUAGGUGGUAUUGUGUUGUUGACUUCCAAGAGAGCAGGCACAGCAGUGUUGCGUAUAAUGCAUAGAUCCUCUCUAACUACAAGCUGGUGGUUGCUCUGUGUCCUCAAGUUGUUCGUUGACCAUUCUGGGAUUAUGCAGCUGAAUGUGGAUUCACCAGCAUAAAGAUUGCACAAUCUGGACCUUCCUGUAGAAACUGUCUCUGGAUGUUUUACAUUUGUGGUGCAAUACGUAGGCAUAAUACUGUGAGUAAAGAAUGCAGAAGUUGGCAAAGCACUAUAUUUCCGUGGCACUGUUACUUUGAACCUUAAUAUCAGUUUUAUUUCCUCCAUGUUUCAAAACAGUGUAUGCAUCUGUACAGCAGUUUUAGUGUAACAUCCAUUCAAAUCUACAGUGAGUUGUUCUGAGAAAGUGGCUCUUCGGAAGUGGCUGAACAGAUGUUUGUUUUAUCGGUUUGAGUGGCCAUGAUUGUAAAAUGGCUGUUAAGACCCAUAUACAUAAACUCAAUCAGUGGUGGUGUUAACAUAACCUGUUGUGUUCAUUGUAUUAUAAAGAAGUUUACAUUUUUAAACAAAAAUCAAUAAAGUGUAAUCAUUUCCUUGAAAAAAAAGGUGCAAUUUUAUCAGGAAGCAUCUGCUAUGGUACAAGAAUGUGAGGCCAUUUUGUGAGUUACAUUUUGCAUUUAGUGUUCAAGAUCGACAGCGAUAUAGAAAUCUAGCAUAGUAACAUCUCUUUAAAAGUGAUUUUUAUUUGAAAAAAGCCAUAAUGACAUUAUAAAUGAUAAAAGGCAUGGCCUCAUGAAAAAAAAAAUGUUAACAGAUGUGUCAGAAUCAACAAAACCCAUCCAGAACUUGAUGGUAGUAUAAUGUCUAUUAUAUCUUUUGCAUGAUUUGUAUAUUGAUAUUGUAUGAAAUGAACACAGUGAGGGUUUUGGUUUUUUUUUUGUUUUUGUUUUCAUUGUUGUUGAGUAUUUUUGUUUGCUUGUUUUGUGGGUUGAUUUCUUUACUGGUUGCAUCCAAAGAGUUGGGUAGGAAAUAUCAAAAGAAUGUAUUUAUAAUCACUCUAUUUUUAAAUAAAAUAAAGAAAACAAAA